AUGGCUGCAAGGAAUGCACGUGAACAUAGAGGACGUAGGGGUGGAAAUUAUGUCACAGUAGAGAUGUUUCAAGAGUUGCAGGAGCAAAUCCAACAACUGGCUGCUACAUUUGAAGAAGUAACUAGAAUCGUGGCAAUGAAUUUGCAGCAGUGUGACAAGACUGUGAAGGAGUAUACACAAGAGUUCCAUCAGUUGAGAAGCAACUUGGUUGAAACUGAAAACCAGGAAGUCAUUCACUAUAUCAAUGGUCUCAGAUUGGUCAUCCAAGAUCAAGUGAGCCUCCAACGCCCAUAUAAGGUCAAUGAUGCUUAUCAGCUUGCUCUUAAAGUUGAAACCCAAUUUUAUCAGGGUUCUUCCAAGAAAUCUGGACUUGAACAAGAUCAUGAGGACGAUUAUAAAGAAAACUUUGUAAUUGAAGAUGAGGAAAAGCAACCUGGGAAAAGUGAAGCUACUGAUGAUGAAGAAGAGGGGAUUGAAGGUGACAUGGUAGGUGAUGUGCUGGUCAUUCGAUGGUCCAUGCUUGCACCACCUGUUCAAGAAAAGGAUGAUUGGUUUCACAAGAAUAUCUUUAGAACAAGUUGCACCUCAGGAGGUCGUCCAUGGCAAUUUGAUAGGAAAACAGUCCACCAUGAUGACAAGAAUACCUAUUCUUUUUACUUGGGAAAGAAUAAUUUCGUGUUGAAAUCAAUGAGAGAUCAAGUGGCUGCCAAGAAAGAAGUUAAGUCCUCAACUUCAUUUUUGAAUGUAAGUGACUUUGUAGAGGAAAGUAAGGAGGUUGGAAUUAUUUACGCUCUUGUUGGAAAAGAAGAUAUCGAGCUUCAGAUGCUUCUCAAGGAAAAUCAGCUUUAUCCCAACAUAAAGAAGUGUGUCUUUAUGGUGGACAGAUUGGAGUUUCUGGGAUUUGUAGUUUUAUCAAAGGGUGUAGAAGUUGAUCCAACCAAGGUUGAAGCCAUUACAAGUUGGCCCACUCCAAAAACCUUAACUAAAAUUAGAAGUUUUCAUGGUUUGGCUACAUUUUAUAGGAGAUUUAUUAAGAAUGUCAACAUAGUAAUGACAGCAAUUACAGAGGGCCUUAAGGGGGGCCAAUACAGAUGGGACUCUCAGGCUGAGGAAAGUUUCCAAGAGAUUGAGAAGGAUGACACGGGCACCAGUUCUAGCUUUACCAAAUUUUGA